AUGAAAAAGUUCCGAACAUAUGAGCCUUCCAGCACAUCUAACGAUGAUGAUGAUGCGUUUUCCAAGCCGUAUGUUGAUUUGUUUUAAGCUAACUUUUUCAAAUAUUUAAGAGUAGUCCGUCAGCGCUUUCAAAAAAGUCAAGUAAAUCUUUCUGAAGUACCUCCUGACGACAACAUUUUACCUUCAGGUUCAUUUUGUUUUUUAACGUCGUUUCAUUUGAAAAUUUUAAGUUUCCGACGAUUCUUCACCGAUUCAAGUUUUUUCUCCACAAGUGAGCAUACCGGAAAGUUCUUCAACAGAUGGGAAUCCUGAGAUUGUCUGUGAAAUUUUUUUUAAUGAACUAAUUCAUUUAAGCAGGUGUUAUCAAGCUCGAGCAGUGAAGAUGAAAGUCCACCGCUCCCUUCCAGUCAGUCUUCUACCGAUUCUAUCAACAAGUUGAUUUCAAAGCUCCAUAGAGUUUCGAAUAAAUUUUAUUUUAGAAAGUUGAGAUCAUCUUCAUUGGCAACAGAAGACAGUACGACAAGGUUCGAGAAGAAAGGUCGCUCUUACGAAUUUGAUGAGGAUGAUGAGCUUCUUUUAGCCCCAUCGUCAAAGAAAUCUAAAGUUCAAGGUACAUCGGAACAGUUUUUUUUUUGGGUUAUUUGUGAUUCUUCUUUUCAGAAGCAAACGAAAAGUUUAUACCUCGGAAAGACAAAAAAGUUGUUUAUAAUCACAAGUGGAAUGUGGGCGAGGAGGAUGAAGAGAGUGGAAUCUCGACCAGCAGCAAAUCUUCUGAAGUUCAAGAAGUAAAAUCAACGAAGACAGUGAAUACAAUGGCGAUAGUGAGGAUAUUAUAAGAGAGUGUUUUUGAUUCGUACUUUCAAGAAGCGACCGAUUUACGCAACAGCAGCUGGCGGUGGGGGCCGCAUCAGAAAUGUGAAAGAAGCGCACGAAAUUCUCGAAUCAGGGGAACACGACGACUUCAAACAUGAGCUUGAGUACAUUCUCAGCACUCUUCGGUCAGAUGGAAAGCUCAAACUUAAAUGCUUGAGGUGUAAUUUGCUUUUUAAUUUUUUCAUUUCAAUAACUUCUUUAAGCACUGUCUCUUUGGCCAAAAAAUGUGUUUCGUCGGAGUUCCGGCAUUUUAUCCGAAGUGAAGGAAUGACGAACACUGUCAUCCGCGCCCUUUCUGAAUCACCUGAAAAUGAUGUAAGUUUUUUUAUCUAAUCUAAGUAAACUAUUUCAAAUGCUUUACGCUUGCUAACUUUUCAUGGUAUUUUUUCCAGAUUUUCGCACUUUGUGCCGCUUCUGUAAUAUACUUGCUCUCCCGUGAUUUUAACAAUGUAAAAGUUGAUGCAAAUGGACUUCGUCUUUUUUCUCAACUUCUGCGCGUCGAAAAGUUUUCCUCUGAAGAAAAACAAGAGUUUUUGGACCAGGUUUUCUUAGUUUCGGGGAAAAACACGUGAUGAAAGUUUUAGGUUUGGGAAGUUUUUCGAUGUUUCAAGAAGAUUGAAGUUGGCGGGAAACGUAUUGUGUUUGACAUGCAGAAAGAAGAUCUAACUGUGAGUUAUUUUUUUGACAGUCUUGUUUUUUGUCUCUUAUUUCAAUUUUUUAUGAGCAUUUUCUUAUAAUUUCAGCCUUCCUCCCUGGCUCUAGAAGCCUUAGUUUUCGUUGUUUCACGGAAUGCACACGACGAAGCUCUCAAGACAGAACUGCUCAAUCUAGGUGUUCUCCAGUGGAUUGUGGCUAAAAGUUUGAAAAUUUUCAUUUUUGUUGAUAGUUGAUUGAUAAUUUUAGUUGAAAAAAUGGUUGCUGAAAUCGAAAAAAGCCAGGAGGUGGCUCAGCCGGACGAAGUUAUUUGUCACGAAUUGAUGCUCCUCGACAGAUGUUUUCGCGCUAUAGAAAUGGUACGACUGUUCAUUUAUUAUUUUUUUUCCAAGAUUUAAUUCAAUUUCUCCAGUGUUCCAUGCUGCACAGAAAAAAUCAAGCGUUUUUGAUUUCCCAUCGGGGCAGCAUUCUUGUGAAGACCUGUGCAACGUGAGUAAAAUUUCGAUCUUUCGAAUCAUUCCCCUGUCUGUCAGGUUUCUCGACGUCAUCCAUUCGAGCGUCAUAAAAAGGAACGCCAAUGAUGUUGUCACCAAGUCUUAUAUGAAUUGCCUUGCUCUUUUGACUAACGUGCUCAUCAAUCUUUCACAUGAAAAUGGUUAGUUAAAGAUACUUAUUUUCUUUCCGAAAAGUCAUUUUUGCCUUACAAUGUUAUUAAUUAUAGAAAGAAAAAGAGAAUCUUUUAUUCUAAAUUUUUAAAUGAAUUUGACUAUGCGUUUUAGAACUUUGCUGUUCGAAGCUCGGUCAGAUAGAGGGAUUUUUGGUCUCUUGUUCGAACGCUUUAACGUUUCUGGCGCCAAAAUAUGCCUCUGAAGAUAAGAAAUACGACAUUCAAGUGACAGUGAGUGUUUUCAUCAAGUUCAAUUGAAAUCGAAAGCUAAAAAAACUUUCAGAUGACUUCGCUGUUAGUUAAUCUGGUUGAGAGAUGUAAUGCCAACAGGAAGUCAAUAAUUAACGCUCAAAUCAAGGUUUAUGAGACCUAAAUCUUAUUCAAUAAUGUUUUCGAAUAGGUUUAUAUUUCUGAAGAGGAAGAAGUUGAAGAAACAGAUGCUCUUCAAGCAUUAGCCAAGGUUUUUUCGCUAUAGAUUAUUCAUAAAUAGGAAAAUUUUCUGACUUAAGCUGUUCAUGGAUAGGGAAUCUAAAGCGAAAACGGUCGACGAGGAUUUGGACAAAGAACUCGCUUUUGAGGUUUUUUUAAACUAUUCAAAUUCUCAGAAUAUUCUGAGUUCGCAGGAAAAUCCGGAGGAUGGUUCGGGUAGCGACGAGGAGGAUGAGGAAGGCGCUCGGAAAGACGGAAGACUCGACCGCGCGAAGCUUGAAAGCAUGGGCGAGGAAGACAUGGUCAACGCUGUCCAGCAAGUCAUGAGCAAGGUCAUUUUUCUUUAUCACAUUUAUCGUACGAAUAUAAUUAUUUUUUUCAUUAAACGAAAUCUGAAAGAACGACAAAACCGUUUUCCAAACUAAGCAUUUUUCUAGCAGGCAGAAAAAACAAAGAAGAUAGGGAGUAGACUGUUGAAAUGCUGAACAAAUUUUCGAAUUGAUUGUAAGGAGUUGCAAGGGUUUUUUCCUAAGAAAACCAGCCGUGCUUAGGAUCUCAGCGGGUGUUCUCAUAUGAGCACAGCUGUUCAAUCGUUUUUCCAGUCACAGCUGAGCCAGUGUUCCAGCACAAACAAGUCUCAGGUUUUUGAAAUAAACAUAGCUGGGGCACCUACAUACAUGGGCAGACCAUUUUUUUAAAAACGAUCUCCCGAUUCAAGCUUUUUAUGAAGAUAGUCUUUUUCGUCUACUAUGAAAAAUGUCAUAUUUCCGGGUACCUGUCAACCCGUUGGGGUUGACUCAUUCCCACGUAUUGUUAUCCUUCUGCCCAUCCUAAGUUGACCACUUAUAUUUUUUGUAAUUCCUAAUUUCUGUUAAUGGCAGUGAAUAAACUGUUAUUGAAGGCGACGACUCCUCCUCGAGAGUCUUGCAAAAUUAAAUUCAAUAAUACCUUCUGAGGUUUAAAACUAAACUUUUUUUCCCUUAUUUGUUCUUGCGUCUCCCCGUUCUAGCAAAUCUGAGAACCCGAAAAAAGGGGCCCAGUACGGUUACACGCGCUGAGACGCCUGGCCAGCGUGACAGUAAUUAUUCAUUUUGUCAGAAUUCAAGAUCUGCAGUACAUAAUUUGUUUCAAAUAACUCACCGGGGACGUCCCAAAUUUUUUCCAACUCCCCUAAACCCAAAUGGCGCAGAAUAAGUCUGCGCCUAACAUAAGAAAAUUCGAAAAUUUUGAAAAUGCUUGUUUAUAGGGCUCGGAAAUUUUUUUUAUAAACUUUAUUUUGGUGUGUCACCGUUCUCACAAUUUUCUAAAUCACCAUGUACUUUUUGAAAUUUUCCAACUAUGUGAGCGACGAAAUAUAUCGAAAUUUUUUUUAUUGAAGAUUUCUUUUCCAUUUUCUGAAAUCAGAAACUUUAGGCGUCUACGCACAUGGAAGACAGCGUCGUUGCUUCGUACGUCGGGCUUCUCAUCGGAUGUCUUUUGCAGCAAAACGAAGUUCGAUCUGAUUCCGCGUCCGAAAUGAAACUUUUUUGCAGGAAAAAGUAGAACUUGUCAAGAAAUGUAUGCGCGAUGGAACUUUGUCGCCUAUGACGGAACAGCUUCAUCGGUUUUUGGAUUUCAUGCGAUUUGCAAUGGUCAGUAUCUCGACUUUUUCCUAUCGAUAGUGAUAACUCAUUUUUUAUAGAAAACGAAGAAAAACGGGCAGAGCAGCUGUCGUUCGAUAGAAAAGAUUUUGGACUUUCUCGAGAGGCUCGAUUAA